GACGACCCUGUGCACAGGGCACUUCCGAUUCCCUUGGCCCACAGGAAAAGCAAAAGAUGACUGAGAAUUCUGCUUCGGCCCCUGCCGCCAAGCCCAAACGGGCCAAGGCGGUCAAGAAGUCAACAGACCACCCCAAGUACUCCGACAUGAUAGUGGCUGCCAUCCAGGCUGAAAAAAGCCGGGCUGGCUCCUCUCGCCAAUCUAUCCAGAAAUAUAUUAAGAGUCACUACAAAGUGGGGGAGAAUGCUGACUCCCAAAUCAAAUUGGCCAUCAAGAGGCUGGUCACCACUGGUGUCCUUAAGCAGACCAAAGGAGUCGGUGCAUCUGGCUCCUUCCGCCUGGCCAAGGGUGAUGAACCCAAGAAACCACCAGUCAAGAAAGCCAAGAAGGAGGUCAAGAAGGCCACAACGCCCAGAAAAGCAGCUAAGCCCAAGAAAGCUCCCACCAAGUCCCCAGCCAAGAAGCCCAAAGCUGCUGCCAAGAAAGCCAAAAAGAAGCCAGCAGCCACUCCAAAGAAAGCCAAGAAGCCAAAGACUGUCAAGGCCAAGCCAGUGAAGGCAUCAAAGCCCAAAAAGGCAAAGUCAUCAAAACCAAAAGCAAAAUCCAGUGCAAAGAAAUCAGCCAAGAAGAAGUGAAGUGCAAGUCUGGGAUCUUCAUUCUUGGACACUCUUCUUCACCUCUUCUUCUGUAAAUAGUUUUCUCCUUUAUUCUCUUCUCUCUAUUGCAACUUUAUAAAAGACUGGACUAUUAUUUCCCUGAAAUAGUUAAUUCAAUUACUAAAAAAAUCCCUCAGUGCUGAGACUUCUUUUUAAAGUGUUUUUUUUUGUUUGUUUUGGGUUUUUUUUCUGUUGUAAACUUGUAAUCUUUGAGCUCACUUUUUAAAAAAAAUGUAUGAAAUUCUAAUUUGUGUUUUGGGAGCUGAGGGGAAUCCAUGUUGGAUAAAAGGGAUUUGAGUUCCCCCGUCUCCUAUCAGCUCAAGAAUAUCAUAUAGCUAAUUUGGCUGUGGAUGGAACUUGCCCAUGUCAGUAUGGAAACGAAGACCCCUAAAUUAAAGUGGUCCGAGAAAAGUAACUGUACUGGAAGAUCUUGACCACUUGGGAUUAAAUUCGGUAGCAUAAAUUACAUUUUCUUCAGCUUAAGUCUGUUGGUUCAGCAUUUCCCUUAUUAUAUAUAUACUAGUGACACAGACAGCUCAUGGGCAUGUGAUGUGUCUUCCCCACCCCAGUGAAAGGAAGGGGCUAGAGUAGAUAAUUUGACCGCCUACUUUGCUCUUUUGGGAGGAGGUUGCCUUUUAACUGAGAGGCUUUAAACAGAAAUAAUUGGGGAUUUCCUGGUGGGAUCUGCAAAGUACAGUUUUCUUAUAAAAAGGGUGGAUUUGCAGAAAAUCAUGGUUGAUUUCACUAAAGAGGAGACGGGGGAGGUCUAAUUCCCCUAUCCGCUCAAAAUAAAUGAAAGGAAAAAGAGGUUCUGCUUCCAACUGCAUGAGAACCAUCAUCCUAAUCCCUCCAGUGUCUGUAAUAUCUUGUGGAUUUAAGAGAAAAGAAAACCAUCCCUUCAGCACUGAGAGUGACGCCGGGUUCUCAGAGUGCUUUCCAACCCUGCAGUGCCUGCUUCCUGAUCCAUAGGUUUGGUGUGUAGCCAUACAUCUACAAUGGAAAGGGCAAAUGACUGUUUCUUUAGGUGUAGAUUUUUUGAUUGGAAGGGGAAAAGUGGGAUGAAAGAAAUGUAACUGAUACUGAAUCUGUCAAAGUUGCUUUAUGGAGCUGGAGCUGUGUACUGCUAUUGCUUUCAGGUUUGAGGGUGGGAGGUUGGGAGGACAGAGUGGAAGGGAUAAUUUCCAAUAUUCCAGUAACAGAAAAAAUAUAUUUGGUGAGUUUGCUGUUUUAAAACCAAGUGAAAAAUUUCAUAGGAUUGAUGUUUGUUCAUUUUAUUUUGUAAGUGUGAUUUGUGCAGGAAUUAAUUUGCAGUCUUUGUGAUUUUAGAGUUUAAAACAACCACAGCAAAUAAACAAAGAGAGGAAGGUUGAAAUUUUCCUCA